AUGGCGCCACACGCGCUGAUGUCACGAGAUGAGGUCGACGAAACAAUCUUGGCAGAAGUCGCAGAGGCAUGCAAGUUGCCUACAGCCCAGAUUGAGGACGUCUACGCUUGUACUCCUCAACAACUUGACCAAAUUGCGGAGACACGAUCUGAAAUGUUCCAAAUCGUCCUGUCUUUCAGCCUCGCGGCUGAUAUUGAUCGGUGGUGUGAGGCUGUGCGGCAAGUGGUCUCGUUGAAUUCCGUCCUGCGUACUCGGAUUGUCCACUGUCGUCUUGGAAUCGUGCAGGUCGUCACGAGUGAAGAGCAUGUUACUGAGCGCCGUUCUGGAGACGUCGAAGAGUAUCUACGCAAUGAAGAACGCCUAGGCUUUGGAGUGCCUCUUUUCCGCUCCGUCUUUAUUGGCAGGACUUUCGUGGCGACCAUGCAUCACGCUGUUAUGGAUUACUGGUCUCUGAUCACCUUCCUUAGCGAGGAUGUAGCGGGCUUCUAUCUCGGACACCCGCCAAAGAAACACCCACCGUUCAAGGAUUUUGUGACGCACUGUAUGAGUAUUGAUGAGCCUGCGGCGAAGUCUUUCUGGGCGUCUCGAUUCAAGGGUGCCCCGGCUAUCUUUCCGAGAGUAGAUCCGGACUUUCCUACAAAUCCAAGCAGAGAAGACAAGAGGAAGAUAACCUUGAAGCGUAUCGGAAAUGGGCCUUCACCUAGCCAUAUACCGUGGUUCGCCGAAGCAGCGUGGGCUUUGACUGCCGCCACAUAUGCGGACAGCGAAAGUGUUGCCUAUGGCCUUGUUCUAUCUGGCCGUUCAUCAUCUCCCAGCGGCGUCGAGACGACCUUGGGGCCUACAGUAGUCGAAGUUCCGGUGCAGGUCAAUCUGCAGCGCAAAAUGACCGUUGAACGCCUCAUCAAGGACAGAGCCACGUCGCUGCGACAACUCACGACGAACUCUGACUUUUUGCAGUACGGCACGCCGAGGAUCAGUGCAGUCAGCGAGGCGGCGCAGACUGCUUCACGAUUUCAAAGCUUGUUCAACAUUAUUCCCCCGCAGCCGAUAAGUCUACCAACAACUGAGGAAGAGUCGCAAUCGGUGCGGCUCGAACGCGUGAACUAUCAAGCUCGAGGUUCCUUCAGUCUCAUGCCAAUAUGCAGAAUCUUGGAUGGCGAGGUUUCGCUUGAGACCAAAUACGACCCGGCGGUUAUUUGCGAUCGUCAGCUCCAUCGAAUUUUGAACCAAUUUGAACACACACUACAGUCACUGAUUGAGGCUCCUCUUCCAACGAAGCUUGAGAAGCUGCAUCUAUUGAACUCACACGACCGUUCGGAGAUCCUCUCGUGGAACGCGAGCGUGCCUGAGAUUACGGAAAAGUGCGUACAUGAGAUUUUCAGCGCUCAAGCUCGUGCGCAGCCCGAAGCUGUCGCCGUUGAGGCAAGUGAUGGAAGCGCAAGCUAUGCCGAAAUGGACCAAAUGUCAGACCGUCUCGCUCACGAGCUGCGACGUAUGGGCGUGUCUCCUGGAAAGAUAGUUGCCUUUAUCUUCGAAAAGUCGCUCUGGACCAUCGUCGCCAUACUUGGUACCCUGAAGGCUGGCGGAGUAUGUGUUCCCAUCGACAAAGAUGCCUCGUACGAUCGCAAAGCAGCCACUUUUUCGAAAGUAAAUACCAAGGCUGUCUUGACUUCGUCUGCACAGUAUGCCAUCUCGGUUGGACUCGCUCCCAACGUUUUCGCCGUCAAUUUAGAGUCGAUUUCUAAGCUUCCUGACGCUGCUGGCCUGCUUGAUGACAGGCCAAUUUCCCCGGAAGAUCUUGCCUACAUCUCCUUCACCAGUGGCAGUACAGGAUCACCUAAGAGCGUCAUGCUCGAGCACCGCUCCUUGGUCUCGAAACUAGUCUCACUCGCGCAACGGCUUGACUGGAAACCCGACUGCCGGAUGCUCCAAUUGGGUGCUCAUGUAUCGAACAGUAGCAUAUACGAGAUUUUUGGGGCCCUCUUGUUUGGUGGCUGUCUUUGCAUACCUUUGGAGGAGGUCCAGCCGUCAAAUCUUCCCGACUUUAUCAAGUCUGCAAGAGUGAACUGGGCUUUGCUACCUCCCAGCGUACUUCGCACCAUGACGCCCAGUGAAGUGCCUGGGUUAAAGUCUCUUCUUUCCAUUGGCGAACAGGUCGAAGCCGAGGCCUCCGAGACUUGGGGCGAAGCCCUUCGCUUUUUCAACGGCUGGGGGGCAUGUGAAGCCUCAAUCGUAAACACUGUCGCUGAUCUGACACCACGUAUUCCCUAUCCUGACAGCAUUGGUACGCCAGUCGGCUGCGCUGUCUGGAUAGUGAACCCGCGUAAUGUUCACGAGCUUGUUCCCAUUGGUAGCGUAGGGGAACUUCUAAUUGAGGGCCCUGGAGUGGCAAAGGGCUACCUGGAUGAUCAUGCGAAAACAGCGGCCUCCUUCGUACCACCUCCGGUAUGGUCGUCUUCCUGUCCAAGAGAUUGCACAGGGUUCUAUCGCUCGGGAGACCUCGCUAGGUAUAAUCCUGACGGUAGCAUUUCUUUCAUCGGCAGGCUGGACAACCGGGUCAAGAUAAGCGGCCAGACAGUUCAGCUCGAGGAGGUCGAGAGCGCAAUUGCCAGCUGCAGCGAAGUAAAGGAUGUAGUCGCCUUGACGAAAAUUGCUGCUGGCCGUACACAACUCGUUGCUAUAGUCUGCUUGGCGGAUCCUCAGUUGCCGAGAAGAGUGGUGUUGCAGGAACUGUCUGGUGCCUACGAAAAGGUCGCAAACGAACGUCUGGAUGCGGUCCGAACAUAUGCUAGGUCCAAGCUAUCCGUUGACAAAACCCCUACACUGUGGGUGGCUGUUGAACAACUUCCUCGAACGACAUCACAGAAGCUGGAUCGAGCCGCUGUUCGCGAGUGGUUGAAAACAUUACGCCGUUAA